AUGAAUUUUGAAACCUCACGGUGUGCCACCCUACAGUACUGCCCCGACCCUUACAUCCAGCGCUUCAUAGAAACCCCAGCUCAUUUCUCUUGGAAAGAAAGUUAUUACCGAUCAGCCAUGUCGCAGAGCACCCAGGCAAGUGAGUUCCUCAGCCCAGAGGUGUUCCAGCAUAUCUGGGAUUUUCUGGAACAGCCUAUAUGCUCAGUACAGCCCAUCGACUUGAACUUUGUGGACGAGCCAUCAGAAAAUGGUGCAACCAACAAGAUUGAGAUUAGCAUGGAUUGCAUCCGCAUGCAAGACUCAGACCUCAGUGACCCCAUGUGGCCACAGUACACGAACCUGGGGCUCCUGAACAGCAUGGACCAGCAGAUUCAGAACGGCUCCUCAUCUACCAGCCCCUACAACACAGACCACGCACAGAACAGCGUGACGGCACCCUCGCCCUAUGCACAGCCCAGCUCCACCUUUGAUGCCCUUUCUCCAUCUCCUGCCAUUCCCUCCAACACAGAUUACCCAGGCCCACACAGCUUCGAUGUGUCCUUCCAGCAGUCAAGCACUGCCAAGUCGGCCACCUGGACGUAUUCCACUGAACUGAAGAAGCUGUACUGCCAGAUUGCGAAGACGUGCCCCAUCCAGAUCAAGGUGAUGACCCCACCCCCACAGGGCGCUGUCAUCCGUGCCAUGCCUGUGUACAAGAAAGCGGAGCAUGUCACCGAGGUUGUGAAACGAUGCCCUAACCACGAGCUGAGCCGAGAGUUCAAUGAGGGACAGAUUGCCCCUCCCAGUCAUCUGAUUCGAGUAGAAGGGAACAGCCAUGCCCAGUAUGUAGAAGAUCCUAUCACGGGAAGGCAGAGCGUGCUGGUCCCUUAUGAGCCACCACAGGUUGGCACUGAAUUCACAACAGUCCUGUACAAUUUCAUGUGUAACAGCAGCUGUGUUGGAGGAAUGAACCGCCGUCCAAUUUUAAUCAUUGUUACUCUGGAAACCAGAGAUGGGCAAGUCCUGGGCCGACGUUGCUUUGAGGCCCGGAUCUGUGCUUGUCCAGGAAGAGACCGGAAGGCAGAUGAAGACAGCAUCAGAAAGCAGCAAGUAUCGGACAGCGCAAAGAACGGCGAUGGUACGAAGCGCCCUUUCCGUCAGAAUACACACGGAAUCCAGAUGACUUCCAUCAAGAAGCGGAGAUCCCCAGAUGAUGAGCUGCUGUAUCUACCAGUGAGAGGUCGUGAGACGUAUGAAAUGCUGCUGAAGAUCAAAGAGUCGCUGGAGCUCAUGCAGUACCUCCCUCAGCACACGAUCGAAACGUACAGGCAGCAGCAGCAGCAGCAGCACCAGCACCUACUUCAGAAACAGACUUCGAUGCAGUCUCAGUCUUCAUAUGGUAACAGCUCCCCGCCUCUGAACAAAAUGAACAGCAUGAACAAGUUGCCUUCUGUGAGCCAGCUCAUCAACCCACAGCAGCGCAAUGCCCUCACUCCUACCACCAUGCCUGAGGGCAUGGGAGCCAACAUUCCUAUGAUGGGCACUCACAUGCCAAUGGCUGGAGACAUGAAUGGACUCAGCCCCACCCAAGCUCUCCCUCCCCCACUCUCCAUGCCCUCCACCUCCCACUGCACCCCACCACCACCGUACCCCACAGACUGCAGCAUUGUCAGUUUCUUAGCAAGGUUGGGCUGCUCAUCAUGUCUGGACUAUUUCACGACCCAGGGGCUGACCACCAUCUAUCAGAUUGAGCAUUACUCCAUGGAUGAUUUGGCAAGUCUGAAGAUCCCUGAGCAGUUCCGACAUGCCAUCUGGAAGGGCAUCCUGGACCACAGGCAGCUGCAUGACUUCUCCUCACCCCCGCACCUCCUGAGGACCCCAAGUGGUGCCUCUACAGUCAGUGUGGGCUCCAGUGAGACCCGUGGCGAACGCGUGAUUGAUGCUGUGCGCUUUACCCUCCGCCAGACCAUCUCUUUCCCACCCCGCGACGAGUGGAAUGAUUUCAACUUUGACAUGGAUUCUCGUCGCAACAAGCAGCAGCGCAUCAAAGAGGAAGGGGAGUGAGCGCCCACUGCCGGGUUCUUCUCCCACCUCCCAGCUCCUACAGGGCACGCCUGCUUGAUCCUCAAAGCCUUCUCGCUAGGUCUCCUUCUUCUCAGUCUGGUUGCUAAAGGCACGGAGAAUUAGGAGGCUACCUGUUACCUAAAGUCUGACCUGUCACCUGAUUCUGAUUCUGGCUUUAAGCCUUCAAUACUCUUGCUUGCAAGAUACGUUGACAUUGCUA